CGAGUUUACAGAACUCUUCUUUCCAUCAAAAUAAGACGGGAGAUUAGAGAUAAACUUAGCUUCACUCAUUGUAACGUUUAAUUUCAGUAUUUAAGAUACCGACACCAAGGUUAGUGAGUGAAUAAAAAGCCCACGUUUUUCGAAUUGUGUUCGAAAACAGACGCAUUUUUUCGUGCCUAAGAACGUGUUCAAUAAAGAUAAACCGAAACUUUUUUCUUUUCAUUCAGUGUCGCGGAGGUUGAGUCUGUGACGGUGUUUUGUUUUUAUUCGAUUAUUUUUUUAAACAGAUAAGAUAGAUUCAACGAGUUAUAUUUUUUGUUGACAAAAACGCGGUGAUAAGUGCUGUAAUUCAGUGUUUCGGUGUUGGUGAGAAAUAAUUUGCAAUGUUCGAGGAAAUCUUCCACUCUCUCAGCACACUGAAUUACAUCGUGGUGAUAGUGAUUUUCAUCAUCCUGGGAUACCGGCCACCAUGGUGGAACAGAAAAACAAUCGACUGGCUACAUAAAGAGAUACAGGACAUUCCAGGACCUCUGGCCCUUCCUGUUUUGGGGACCAGAUGGGUAUUCACUUUCGGAGGGUACAGUUUCAACAAAAUCCACGAAUUUUACGAAGACAUGUACAGAAAAUACGGACCGAUAGUGAGAGAAGAGGCACUCUUCAAUGUGCCGGUAAUUAGUAUAUUUGAGAAAGCAGACAUUGAAAAGGUUUUGAAAAGUAGCGGAAAAUACCCUAUAAGGCCUCCGACCGAGGCUAUUGCGGAGUACAGAAGAAGUAGGCCGGACAGAUAUGCUAGUGCGGGCUUGGUUAAUGAACAAGGUGAAGUAUGGCAUCACUUACGAACAUCUCUAACGAGUGAUUUAACAAGCCCCAAAACAAUCCUAGGAUUCCUACCCCAAGUGAAUGAAAUAGCAGAUGACUGCUGUAAUCUCAUAAGACAACAGCGUACCAAAAACAACGAGAUUCUCAAUUUGGAAGAUGUUAUGGGACGAUUAGGACUAGAAACUUCUUGUGCCCUUGUGCUAGGAAAAAGACUAGGAUUCUUGCUUCCAGGUGGGGAAUCGGAAAAUGCAAGAGAGCUAGCAGAAGCUGUUCACCAACAUUUCAUCGCCACCAGGGACACAUAUUUUGGACUGCCGUUUUGGAAAUUUUACGAAACAUCGGCAUACAAAAGCCUUGCAGAGAGUGAAAAUAGCAUUUACCAGUUGGCAUUGGAACUAAUUCAAGCUGCAGGAGAUGGAACGCAAGAGAGUGUAAUUUUCCAAUCAGUAAUCAAUGCCAAUAUCGACACGAGAGAGAAAAUUGCCGCCAUAGUCGACUUCAUAGCAGCAGGCAUCCACACACUGAAAAACAGUCUGGUAUUCCUCUUCUACCUUAUAGCAAAACAUGAAGGAACACAACAAAAGAUCCUACAAGACUCGUCAAAAGCAUACUUGAGGGCAUGUAUAUUGGAAUCAUUUCGAAUCCUGCCAACAGCAAAUUGUCUAGCAAGAAUUACAGCUGGAGAAUUGGAAUUAUCUGGUUACAAAGUAAAAGCGGGUAGUGUCCUUAUAUGUCACACAGGUAUAGCCUGCAAAAAUGAUAGAUAUUUCGCCAAUGCAAACCAGUUUUUGCCAGAAAGAUGGCUGGACGGCGAGAAGCCCCAGACAUCUAGUAACGCUACCUAUUUAGUAACCCCAUUCGGUGCAGGAAGAAGAAUAUGUCCAGGAAAAAGAUUCAUAGAGCAAGUAUUGCCAGUGAUACUCGAGAAUACUUUGAAAAACUUUGAAAUACAGGCCUCAAAAGAGAUGGAAUUGCAAUUUGAAUUUCUGCUAUCUCCCAAAGGUCCAACUCCAAUGAUUUUCAAAGAUAAAUUUUAGAUAAUGUAUGUAGGUUACUCGAGGUGUUACAUUCAUUUUUACAGAUUUUUUGGUAUUGGUUUCCUCGUUUCUAUGAAAUAAAAAUAUGAGUAUUACUCCAAUAUACAUGUAGAGAGGACAAAUCACAUGGUUUGCCCCAAAAUGUCACUGCGUUUGAAAAUUGUCCAAUCAGAGAGCCUAAAAAAAAAACUAAAUCGAUGGUGAGUAAUACUUGGUUUGACGAAGGUUCGGACAGAAAUAAUAUAGGUAGGUGUAAACAGAAAUAUCAGUUUUUCUUUCAUCAUUGGACGUUUCGGAAACGAAUCUGCACCCGUUUUCAACAUAAAAAUUGGAAAAUAUCGUCGCUGUCAUUACGAAGGAGAAAACUGUGCUGUAACAGUUCUGGUUUCUAUAAUAAAUAUAUAAAGCCAGAUAGGCCUUUCUAUUAAUACUUACAAAUAUGUGUUUUUCAAUGGAAAGGGAGGCGUCUGUUUUUCACUUUCAUUAAAUUUAUUAUCAUAGUAUGUAAUACCACAAGUGAUAAUUUUUUGCCGGAAAUAUUCAGCGAUUGUUACGACAGCUUGUGGCCUGAUAAUUUUGCGAAUUACAUUGUUUAUCAACUUUCGAACCGUAGGCGAGAAGUUUUCAAUCAAUGUCAUGAACACUAGGUGCGGAGUCCCCUUUAUUUUGGCCGUGAUUAUAGGAGAACAAAAACUUAGGCUCAAUUUUUUCGAAUAUUCUCAGUUCAACACAGUGUAAAAAAGAGCAGCGGCCAUAGUAUAAUUUUCAUUCUGCCCACCACACCCAUCAGAUAAUAGGUGGGCAUCAGACUGAAUUUUCUUUUCUUCGUCGUAUUUUUUCAAUAUUUUGAAUACAGCACCGCGACCACUUGCACCUUCACGCAAUUUUAAACAAAAGCAGUCUCGACUACCUAAGAUCAAGAGUGUCAAAUUGAACAUUCUCAACCUCCUUUUAUGAAACACUGCACAAUCCUUUAAAAUGUAAAUGUAUUGCCUGCUGAUGCAUAUCACAUCAGCCACUAAAAUUGUAGGAUUAUUCUGAGCAGCAGUCUUACACUUUUCCUUUUAGUUCUCCUACUGCGGUCUUCUCUAUGAGCAAUUUUUCAGAAGCGUCUUCAAUUUUCAGUUUUUCUUCUUCUGUACCAUUAUUUUGAAUUCACUAUAAUCCACAUUCAUCCUUCUCAGGCCUGUGAAAUGAUAGAGUCAUACUUUUGAAAACCAACCGAUAUAGCGAGGCAGGGUUUGUUUGCAUUCGGUUCUAAAUCGUCUAGAAACAUUUGAUACAUUUCAGUAAUUGACCAAUCUGCGUAAAGGUAGGGUACUCUCUGGAACUAUUUUGCCGACAAUAACGAGAUUUCAUCUGAGGGAACCAAUUUAUGUGUUCAAGAAUAUGGUCCCUUAACAUUUGAUCAUUCUUGGCCGCUGCUUUUUUACGACCACCGCAUUUUCUUCCUUUGACACCAGAAUAUUGCAGUUUUCACCCUCCAUUCCUUACAAAAAAUUAAUAACGUGAGGGCGUAUAUCGAGAAAAAUAUUUUUAUAUCUAUAUAAUCUAAGAUAGGCCUCAUUAUUAUCAUUCCAAUUUUUUAUAACAUAGAUGAUGUCUUCCUAUGCCUAAUUAUAGAAAUAGCUCAUUUUCGCCAAAAAUCGCCCCUUCGUAAUAAUAGCAACGAUAUUAUUUUCGCAAAUUGUCUUCGUAAUUUAAUGUUGACACUUUCUCAUCUAUUUGCCAACGUCAACCAACAUAUGUCACUAAGAAGUGUAAAAAUUGAAAUACAAAGACAAUUUGUUAGAAUAUUUUUCAUUUAUGUUGAAAACGGGAGCAGAAUCGUUCUCGAAACGUCCAAAUAUAAGUGAAAAAAAGAUUACUUUUACUACCUAUAAUACCUAUAUUUCUGUUCUCCAAAUCUUCUUCAAAACGAAGUGUCACUGCCAAUCGAAUAAAUUUUCCUUUUAGGCUCUCUGAUAGGAACAUUUUUAAACGCAGUGACAUUUUCGGGCAAAUCAUCCUAUUUGUCCUCGCUACACGUAUAUUGAAAUUAUAUUCAUAUUUUCAUUUUAUAGAAACGAGAAAAUCUC